AUGAAAUCAACACACACAAAAAAUCAGAUUGAACCAGAAAUCAAAAUUCAUUUCUCUCUGUACAAAUCCCCUGUUUCCGCCAUCAAAACUUGCAUUAGCCGGAAGGCGAGAAACUACUUUUCUAGAGACGACCCAUCCGAAGCUUUCAAGAAAUUCGUCUUUACAACGGAGAAUCGACGAAGACUCCGGCUCCUGCCCGGCGGCGGAAGGAGAAAAUGGAAGCGAGGGAGUGAGCGAGGCCCGUCACUAUCGCCACCUUCACUUGCCCUCGCUUGGGGAUCGGCCGGCGCGAUAGUCUCCUCCUCGACGAGGAUGCAUUGCUACCGCCGAAAGAACCUGAGCCUGCCAUCUCCGAUUUGCGAGUUUAACUUCGCCGCCGGUGAGGGGAGGAAGAAAGGAAUUGAGAUCGGAGGUGGAUUGAGUUUUCGAUGUUUUGGAGUGAAUUUUGUGAGAUCGGAUUUGUGUGUUGGGUGUUUAUAUAGUGGAACUUGGUUGGAAUAG